GUCUUGCUUUCCCGAGUUUUAAAGCUCCGUCGCGCCUGUUAAUCAGCUCCACGAUGAUUGCUGAUCGAAGCGAACCGGCGAUGAACGGCGGGUGUCUGCAGCUGCCGCCCGGGUUCCGCUUCCAUCCCACGGACGAGGAGCUCGUGAUGCACUACCUCCGCCGCAAGUCCGCCGGCCUCCCCGUCGCCGUCCCCAUCGUCGCCGAGCUCGACCUUUACAAGUACGACCCCUGGCAACUCCCAGGGAUGGCGUCGUACGGGGAGAAAGAGUGGUACUUCUUCUCGCCGAGGGAACGGAAGUACCCGAACGGGUCGAGGCCGAACCGGGCGGCAGGAUCAGGAUACUGGAAGGCGACCGGGGCGGACAAGCCGGUCGGGGCCCCCAAGCCGGUGGCCAUCAAGAAGGCCCUCGUCUUCUACUCUGGCAAGGCCCCCAGGGGACACAAGACCAACUGGAUCAUGCACGAGUACCGCCUCGCGGACGUCGACCGCUCGCCCCGCAGGAAGAACUCGCUCCGGCUGGACGACUGGGUGCUGUGCCGUAUCUACAACAAGAAAGGAAGCAACGGCUCGGACAAGUUCGGGACCCGGGACCGGAAGCCGGCCGGGUCCAGGUGCCUCCGGCCGCCAGAGGAUAGGAAGCCGGCGCUCGGUCCGCACGCGCCGCUGCCGCUUCCGGCUGGGAUCGCCCCUGGGCCGCUGCUGACGGCCGAGCUCGCGGACAGCUUCGCGACGUCGGACUCGAUGGCGAGGCUGCACGCCGACUCGAGCUGCUCGGAGCACGUGCGGUCGCCAGAGUUCACGUGCGAGAGGGAGGUCCAGAGCCAGCCACGGUGGCGCCCCACCGAGUGGAACCGGGCCUUCGCUCCCGCCGCCAACUCGGUCUUCCCUCACCCCGAGCCGGGUCUGCUCUCGUCCGAGUUCGGCGACUCGUUCCAGGACAUCCUCGUGUACCUGGAGAACCCCUUUGAGCCGUACGCUCACUACGUUAGCACGUAGCGCCAACCGAGUGGACUCGGGGCCCGACUGUGGAAUCGGCUGGACGAGGAUUGCGGCCGUCGCGUUGGUCUGAGUUGACUCGUAGAUCCAUAAAUUGUCAUCAAUGCGUGUGUAUAUGUAGAUUGGUUCUUUAUGGGUGGGUAUACACUACAAUGGCAAAAUAUUCACUCUCCAA